GGCCUGCGGGGAGGGAUGCGGUGGUGGGAGGGGGUCGUGUCGAGGGUCCAGGUUCACAGCUGGUACCCCAAGUCUGCCCCCCUUGGCCUCCAGGGAUCCUCCCCACUGCAGGCUCCUCCUUGCCCUAGCCAGGACCCCUCUGGCAGCACGGCGAGCUCGGCCCCCGUAGCCCCAGCCUCCUUUAUUAUCUCUCCGACCUACUAGAAGCCCGCAUCCCUCACUUCUCUCCCCAGCAGGCCCUGGCUCUCUGUUUCUGCUUCCCUCAGGGAGGUGCUUGCAUCUCGGCCCUCCUGCCCUCCGAAGUAUUUUCCCUCUGGUUGAUCCUCACGAUUAAAAAAAAAAUCCCAAAGCUAGGUCGUCCCUUUCACCGGACAUGAAUGAUAGACAACCUGGGAUUAGGGACAAGAAGAGCAUCCAAGUGUGGGAAGUUUGGCCGAUGCAUUCUCUUGCAUCUUUCUAAGUCAGAGAAAGAGCCUGGCGUGUGCAGGGUUUUCUCAACUCAAAAUUCUUGUAAUGAAGGUUCAGCAAGUGCAGUUGUUGUCCUCAGACAGUUAUAAGAACACUUGAGCACCCUGAUUUAUCCUGUUUCUAUAAUAAAAAUGUAGAAUAAGCGAGCUGCUCUCUAAUAGAAAUAGUGAUGGAAUUCAAGAAGUGGAAUAUAUAAAUUGAUUUAGAGUGCUCCAGAAAGAUGUCUGUGAUAGUCGUAAAGCAUAUUUUAAAAAUAAAUUUUAUUGACAAUAUUUGUUUUGACAUAGCCUAAAUCACCCCUUCCAUAUUACUUUUUCUAUUCCUCCCAUAAAACUAAUCAAUACACUGACAAAUCUGAUUCUAUUCGAUCUUCCACACCGUUAGAUCCUUCUUUCAGCCCUUCAAAGUUUGGGGUGGGGGGAGAGUGUUUUCUCAUAUCUCUUACUUGGGGAUAAAGUUUUUUGGAAUUUUAUAACGUUCAUUUUCCAAUUGUUUUGUGGUGGUGGUUCUUUUCUUUUCCAUUGUGCUUGUCAUUGUGCAUAAUGUUUUCCUGAUUCUGCUUACUUCACAUUGUAUCAGUUCAUGUAAGGUUUCCCAAUGCUCCUUUUAUUGAUUAUGUGUCAUUUCUUAUAGCACAGGUAUAUUCCAUACUUAAUAUGAAUCAUAGUUUGGCCAUUGCCCCAAUUGAUGGACAUGGACUUCAUUUCCAAUUCUUUGCUACCACAAAAAGUACUACUAAUAUAUGUUGGUGCAUGUGGGCUUUUCCUUUUAUCCAUGACCUCCUUGGAGUAUAUUCCUAGAAGUGGAAUCUUUAGGUCAAAGGGUAUGGAUGGUUUAGCAUAAUUUUCAUAUUAACAUAAUUCCAGAUAAUUUUCCAAAAUAUUUUUUACUGAUUCACAGCUCCACCAACAAUGUAUUAGAGUGCCUUUUUUUCCAUAGCCCUUCCAACAUUGACUGUUCCCAUCUUUUGUCAUCUUUGCCAAUUUUCUGGAUGUCAGACUCAUCUCCCUUGGACCUGUUUUGACCUAUACCAGCUUAUUUCUGAGUUGAGGCUCUGACUCCUUUCCCUUUUAUACUUAUUUGGUGCAGAGGAAAGAGACACUUUUUUUCUGAAGAUGAAUUUGUCAGACCACCUUCAAUUAGCCCCCAAUGCCACAGGCAACAGCAGCAAUUUCCAGGAGAAUCUUCAGGAGCUGAUUCACACAGCCACCUUGGUGACUUGUACCUUCCUGCUUGUCAUCAUCUUCUUCAUGGGUUCCUAUGGCAACAUUAUUGUCUUCAUGUCCUUCUUUGACCCAGCCUUCAGGAAGUUCAGGACCAACUUUGAUUUCAUGAUCCUCAACUUGUCUUUCUGCGACCUCUUCAUUUGUGGAGUGACGGCCCCUAUGUUCACUUUUGUGCUAUUCUUUAGCUCAGCCGCCAGCAUCCCUGAUGCUUUUUGCUUCACCUUUCACCUCACAAGUUCUGGCUUCAUCAUCAUGUCCCUCAAAACAGUGGCAGUGAUUGCCCUUCACCGGCUUCGAAUGGUGUUGGGGAAGCAACCUAAUGGAACUGCUUCUUUCCCGUGUACUUUGAUCCUUACCCUACUUCUUUGGGCUACUAGCUUCACACUGGCCACCCUGGCUACACUCAAAACUAACAAGUCACGCCUGUGUCUCCCCAUGUCCAGUUUGAUUUCCAGAGAAGGCAAAACCAUCCUUUCUCUGUACGUGGUUGAUUUCACCUUUUGUGUGGUGGUGGUCUCUGUCUCCUACAUCAUGAUCGCUCAGGCCCUGAGGAAAAAUGCUCAGGUAAGAAAAUGCCCUCCAGUCAUCACGGUUGAUGCUUCCAGGCCUCAGCCUUUCAUGGGAGGGGGCCAGACAGGAGGCGUAGAAGGCAUCCAGGGUGCUGGACCAGCUUUAUAUAGGAACCAGAACUACAACAAACUGCAGCAUGUGCAGACCCAUGGCUACACCCAGUAUUCCAACCAGCUACCAACUCCUGCAGCCAGUCGGCUCCAGCUGGUUUCUGCUGUCAAUCUGUCCACUGCGAAAGAUUCUAGAGCGGUGGUCACAUGUGUAGUCAUUGUGUUAUCCGUGUUGCUUUGCUGCCUUCCCCUGGGUAUUUCCCUAGUAAAAGUAGUUCUGUCGAGCAGUGGGAGCUUUAUCUUUUCCCAGUUUGAACUGUUUGGAUUAACCCUCAUAUUUUUCAAAUCAGGAUUAAACCCUUUUAUAUAUUCUCGGAACAGUGCGGGCCUAAGGAGAAAAGUCCUCUGGUGUUUCCAGUAUAUAGCCCUGGGCUUUUGUUGCUGCAAGCAGAAGACUAGGCUUCGAGCUAUAGGCAAAGGGAGCCUGGAAGUCAAUAGGAACAAAUCCUCCCAUCAUGAAACCAACUCGGCCUACAUGUUGUCUCCGAAACCGCAGAAAAAAUUUGUGGACCAAGCCUGUGGUCCAAGUCACUCAAAAGAAAGUGUUCUGAGCCCCAAAGGCUCAGCUGGACAUCAGCACUGUGGUCAGAGCAGUUCAACACCCAUCAAUACUCGAAUCGAACCUUAUUACAGCAUUUAUAACAGUAGCCCAUCUCAAGAGGUGAGCACCCCAAAUAGUGUACAGCCUGUGAACGUUUUGGGAUUUACUAAAUUGAACAUUACCAAGCAUUAUCAUACCACCAAUGAUUUAAUGCAAGACUGUGACAGCAUUUCUGCCAAGCAAAUUCCAAUCCCCUCAGUUUGACACAGUAGAGACUAUAGAAUCCUGUAUAAACUUCCUGUUGAGUUUACAACCCAUUUUAUCUAUUUUGUUUUAAACGUGCGCGCGCGGCACGCGAGCGUAUGUAGGCAAUCAGUUGCAGUUCUAAACUACGAUUAAAGAUGCAAAUAAGUAAUUGCCAAUUGAUUUUGUUUUUGUUGCCUAUGAAUGCUCAGUUACUUGCCCUUAAAUGAAAAUUAGUAUUUAGUGACUACUUUGCAUUUUUCUGGAAAUUGUAAGGGUUGACAUUAAAAUAUAUUGUUUAGAUGUACAGUCUGAUCUGUAUAAUAAUAGUUUUGUUAAUUAUGUCUAUACUGAAAUUUUGACUAGAUACCAGAAGUUAUUGUUAAUGACAUCAAAAUAGUAAAUCAACAAUUUGAGAAGAAUCAAUGUCAUGGUGGUUUGGAUUAUGAAUUUGUUGUAUUCUUAAAGAAUGUAAAAUAACAGACUUGUUAAAGGGAAUUUUUGAGGAGACAGUAUUUUUCAUGAAGGAAUGAUGAUUUGCAUUUUGUUCAGUGUUUGAAAUAGUAAAAAAAAAAAAAAAAAAGAAAAAACCGAGUAUUUUCUUAUAGUUUAACUCAAUGUUUUGUUCUUGUA